AUGUCGGCUUACGGUCAUAAUGUACUGGGUCCCGAACAAGGCAGUGAAGAAUUCUCGGAGGGACGCGUCGUCCAGGUACCGGGCCUGGAGCAGAACUGUCUUGGUCGGUGGCGACGGCAUAUUUCCCGUGCGAAACCUCAACGCGUGGAUUUGCAUGCCAUUAGGAGAGCCGUAAGCCUUUUCUGGACCGGUCCUAGUGGGAGUGUUUUCAUCGUCCCCUAG